AUGGUGUACACUUCGCUGACCGAGGCUCCUCACAACCUAAAAGAGGGCAUUGACUGGCUGAUCGCCCUGAAGGGGAAGAAUGCUGGAAAGAGCAUGGAGGCUUUAGGUGACGCGCUCCACAAAUUCCUCGCAGACAAGCCUGUUGGCAAGAUGCAAGUGCCAGCUCUAGAGAAUGUUAAAAAGAUUUCUAAGGAGUUCAUGGAGCAGGAGGAGGUUAAGGACCUGUGGCCAGCAAGCGAGCUGCUCGUGAGAUUCAAUAAGCCUAUGAAUAGAAACCUCAGUGGGUUUGCAAAGUUCUUCAACAAUGCCGACCUGAGCGAUCAUCACAACGUCGUAAAGAUUCGGCGUGUCAAACCCACAGACAUCGCGAAGAAAGUGAGUGAACUUGUUGGUGGCUGCGAAAAGUUCCUGGAAAAGAUAAAAGUCUCUGACAAGUAUAAGUCUGCUUACAGUUCAGAAGCUACGUGGGAUGCAUCAUGCGCAAAUGAUCCGGAAGCUUGUGCAGUAGUCUUCGUGGGGAUUGCGCCCAUGUUGUACACAGGCUUGCGUUCCUUGAAGCAUGCCAGCAAUACCGACCCCUUGGUGCGACUACGGCUUAAAAAGAAGAACAAUAGUUUCGCACGUGUAUUUAAAGCCGCGGGUUACAAUGAGACGGAAUGCCGCGAUAAAAUAAGUGGUUCAGAUGUCUUCAAAGCGUUGCAAAAAUUCGUGAGUUUCCGAAUGCUGGUCACACUAUACGACCUCUCUGGUUUUUGGGCAUUUUAUUGA